AUGCCAGGAGAGAUUGUAACGCUUCAGGUCGGGCAGUGUGGUAACCAGGUGGCGAGCGAAUUCUGGCGACAGCUGUGCUUGGAGCACGGCAUUGGGCUGGAUGGCAACCUGCAGGACUUCGCGACGCAGGGCGACGAUCGCAAGGACGUGUUCUUCUAUCAGGCGGACGACCAGCACUACAUCCCGCGCUCCGUGCUGCUGGAUCUCGAGCCGCGCGUGGUGAAGGGCAUCCAGGCGGGCGAGUUCCGCUCGCUCUUCAACGCGGAGAACGUGUACGUGGCGGAACACGGGGGAGGCGCGGGGAACAACUGGGCGAGUGGGUUCGACCAGGCGCGCGCGCAGCAGGAGGCGAUUAUGGAGAUGAUUGACCGAGAGGCGGAGGGCAGCGAGAACCUUGAAGCUUUUUACCUCUGCCACUCUGUGGCUGGAGGCACGGGGUCAGGCAUGGGGUCAUACCUCCUGGAGGAGCUGCACGACCGCUACCCCAAGAAGCUCGUGCAGACCUACAGCGUCUUCCCGAACCAAUCAGAAAUGUCUGACGUGGUGGUGCAGCCGUACAACUCGCUGCUGACUCUCCGCCGGCUGACUCAGCAUGCCGACAGCGUGGUUGUCCUCGACAACACAGCAUUGGAUAGAAUCGCGGCGGAGAGACUCAGGCUACACCAGCCGACGUUCGCCGAGACCAACUCGCUGGUGGCGAUGGUCAUGGCUGCGAGCACGAAUACGAUCCGGUACCCGGGGUUCAUGAGCAACGAUCUGGCGUCCAUGGUGUCGUCGCUCGUGCCCACGCCGCUCUGCCACUUCCUGGUUUCGAGUUACACGCCGCUGACUGUGCAGAGACAGGAGAACGUCAUUCGCAAGACAUCGGUCUUUGACGUCAUGAGGCGACUGCUGCAGGCGGAGGUGGAUCCGGGGGAGGUGAACAAGAGCAUGCAGCGCAUCCGAGAGAAGCAGGCUGCGUCGUUCAAUGAAUGGGGGCCUGCAAAUAUACAGGUGGCUCUUUCUCGCAAGUCGCCUUACGUGCAGACGGGGCACAAAGUGAGCGGGCUGAUGCUGGCGAACCACACGGGCAUGAGGCACCUGUUUGGGCGUUGUGUGAAGCAAUAUGAGAACAUGCGCCGCAAGUCCGCCUUCCUCGAGCCCUACAAGCAGUUCUCCAUGUUCUCUGAUAACUUGGUGGAGUUUGACGAAUCGCACGAGGUCGUGCGGUCAAUGAUCGACGAGUACCGCAUGUGUGAAACAUCUGAUCCACUCGCUUAUGAGUUUGAAGGCGCGGCAGCAUAA